AUGUUGCGGAAUGGGGUUUUGCCCGAUUGUUAUGCCCUUCCCAUUGUUCUCAAGGCUGUGUGCCAAACUUUUGAAGUUAAGCUCGGGAAACAGGUUCACUCCGUUGUUGGCGAAUUUGGAAGUGCCCGAAGGGUGUUUGAUGAAAACCCUGACUCGAAGCUGGGUUCUUGGAAUGCGGUAAUUGGUAGACUUUCCCAAUGUGGUCUUGCCCGGGAUGCGAUCAGCGUGUUCCUUGAUAUGAGGAGGCGGGGAUUUGAGCCGGAUAGGUUGACCAUGAUUAGUGUGACUUCGGCUUGUGGAAAGAUUGGUGACCUCAACCUGGCUCUCCAGUUGCAUAAAUGUGUUUUUCAGUGUGGGCGGAUGAACCUCGCUUACAAGGUAUUUGCAACUAUGGAGGAACGAACUAUGUCGUCAUGGACUUCCAUGAUUGUGGCGUAUGGGAUGCAUGGACAUGUGAAUGAAGCGCUUGAAUGUUUCUGGCAUAUGAGGUUGUUGUUGCUUGUGAGGGCAUAUCAGGUUAAUGGCCACAUGAAGGCCAAGUUGGAUCCCUUGAAUUUGGAAACUAGGGAAAUCCCUAAGGAUUUGGACCCUGCACUCUAUUGGCUAUCUCGUACCCAAUGA